UCACUAAAACCCUAACAUUUCCCAGAGCUUCGCAAUCGCUGUUCCUCAGUCUCUCGUUUCUUUCUAAAGGAUCAAGCUUUUGUAUCAGAUCAAAUCCAUUUUACUAUACCCUUUUGUUUCUGUGGUAACCCGGAUCAAAUCUGAGAAGAUGAGAUAUCAACAAUGGCGAUUGCUGCUUCUUCGAAGCUACCACCGAUCUCGUCUUCCUUAUCCUUCCCCUUGUUCUCAGGUAACCUCCAUUUCAACUCGAUCUUUCUCUUCUUUCAUUCACCUUCCUUCUGGGAUCGGAGCUUUGCAACAAAGCGAACAACUUGGUUCCUUAAGAUCCCCAAUGACGAGCUCUGGCUCUUUGCUUAAGUCAGUCGGUCGAAGCUUCUCGUCCGAGCCUGCCAUUGAAGAGAAAUCUUCUCCUGAGGCUAGCGUGAUUGAUAUCUUUAGCAGAUUAAGUGGUGGAGAUGAGAUUAGGAAAGAGUUGGAAUCGGGUGAUAUCGUCGUGAUUAGCCAAGAUUUAGCUUUGAAGGUUUUGAGAAAGCUCGAAUCAAACCCUGAUGUUGCGAAAAGGUUUUUUCAGUGGAUUAAGGAGGCUAAUCAUGAGGACCUUAGCUCGAAGAACUAUAACAUGAUGCUGCGUAUUCUAGGUGGUAAUGGACUUGUUGAUGAGUUUUGGGGGUUGGUUGAUGCUAUGAAGAAGAAAGGACAUGGUUUGUCGGCUAACGUUAGAGAUAAAGUCGGUGAGAAAUUUCAGAAAGAUGGCCUUGAGAGUGAUUUGGUGAGGCUGAAAAAGCUUUUCUCUUCAGAUUGUUUAGAUAAUUCGUCGGAGAAGGUUUGCGAUAGGGUGUGUAAGAUUGUGAUGAAAGAAGAAUGGGGUGAUGAUGUCGAGAAACAGGUCAAAGAUUUGAAUGUUGAGUUUCAAAGUGAUUUAGUGAAGACGAUUGUGGAAAGUCUUGAUGUUGAACCCAGGAAAGCUUUGUUGUUCUUCCGGUGGAUUGAUGAGUCUGGUCUCUUUAAGCAUGAUGAGAAAACCUAUAAUGCUGUGGCUAGGGUUUUGGGAAAAGAGAAGUUUCUCGAUAGAUUUCAGAACAUCAUCGAAGAAAUGAGGAGUGCUGGUUAUGAAGUGGAACUAGAGACUUAUGUUAGAGUUUCAACGAGGUUCUGCCAGACCAAAUUGAUCAAGGAAGCUGUUGACUUAUUCGAGAUUGCAAUGGUGGGUGAUAGUAGUAACCAACCCACCCCUCACUGCUUCUGUCUGUUGCUCAAGAAAAUUGUCACUGCCAAGAUUUUAGAUAUGAAUUUGUUUUCAAGAGCUGUGGAAGCUUAUACCAGAAAUGGUAACUCUUUGACGGAUUCCUUGCUAAAAUCUGUCUUAAAGUCCUUAAAAAGCGUGGAUCGGGUUGAACAGAGCAAUGAAGUGUUGAAAGAAAUGAAGAAAGGAGGCUAUGUUCCUAGUAGUGAUCUGCAGAGCAUGAUUGCAUCAAGUCUAAGUCAUAAGGGGAAGAAAGACGAAGCUGAUGAAUUUGUAGUCUUUAUGGAAGCAUCUGGAAAUAAUCUAGAUGACAAGGCAAUGGCAUCUCUAGUUGAAGGGUAUUGUGAUUCCGGGGAAUUUGAUGAAGCUUUAGUGUGUUUUGAGAAAAUGGUUGGAAAAGCAGGAGUCUCCUCUGCUGAUUAUGCAUUUGAGAAGUUGGUUCUUGCUUAUUGCAACAAGAAUCAGGCAAGAGAUGCAUACAAGCUUUUAAGUGCUCAAGUAAAACACAAUCAGCUGAAACCUUGUCAUAGCACAUACAAAAUCUUGGUGACGAAUCUGUUGAAGAAGAAGAUUGCAAGAGAUGGUGGGUUUGAAGAAGCUUUGAGUCUUCUACCGAUAAUGAAAGAUCACGGGUUCCCUCCUUUCAUUGACCCUUUCAUGAAUUACUUCUCAACAACAGGAAAAAGCACGGAAGCUCUCGGUUUUAUGAAAGCUAUGACUUCGAAGAACUUUCCAUCUAUGUCAGUGGUUUUGCGUGUAUUCGAAACAAUGUUGAAGUCUGCAAGGCACAGUGAGGCACAGGAUUUACUCUCUUUGUGCCCAAACUAUAUCCGUAACAAUCCAGAUGUUCUAGAACUCUUCAAUUCCAUGAAACCUAAUGAAUCUGCUGUAGAAAAACCUUUGGCUGCUUCAGCCUAGCUCUAGUUUAAGUUUACAUUCCCUCAAGUCUUGUUUUGUUGUUUCUGGGCUUUUGUUUCAAAAAUUUUGGCCAGAAAUUCUCCUUUUUGUUUACAUGUGUUUACCAUUCACCAGUUAACUGUUUUCAUCAACCUGGUGCACUGGCAAAAUAAUUUCAAGGUACUCUGGUUCUUUUAUUUCCACUUGAUUAUCAUCUUGUGCUUCUUGGCUCUGCCAUGGAUGAUGGAUUGUUCUGAGUAUUAUCAACAAGAUCUGUCUGUA